AUGGGUGACAACGUCGCCAUGGAUAACGGCGAGCUCAAAGUUGAUCCACAGCAGGAAGAGGCGCAACAACUACAACUCCAGCAGCAGCCUGAUUCUUCUUCGACCGCUGAAGAAGCUCUGCAAGUGGGGCCACCUGCCGACGCUGCAUCCACUACUACGCCAGCAUCGCCUGUGCUCGUAUUUCUCAACUCCGCUAGCGGCGGAAAGAUGGGCCCCAAAGUGCUGGAGAAAAUUCGAGCCCUCAUCCCGGAGUCGCAGUUGUUCGAUCUGCAGGAGGUCGGCCAGGGCAGGUGGAAGCCUGAAGACAAGCUCAAGCUUUUCCAGCACACCAAGGACACAAAGGUCCUGAUCUGCGGGGGGGACGGGACGAUGGGCUGGAUCCUGUCGUGCAUCGACCGCUUGCGCAUGGCGGCGGAGCCGAGCCCUUCUGUAUCACAAGAGGAGAAUUUUCCCGUGGCCAUGAUGCCCUUGGGGACAGGCAACGACUUGGCGAGGACGUUCGGGUGGGGCCCGGGAUUCACGAGGGCCAUGCUCAAGCCCAAGUUUCUCGAUCGGGUGAAGGAGGCCCCCGCCGCGAGGCUCGACAGGUGGUUGCUGUCCGUGAUGCCGUACGAGCCACUGGGCUCCGAGGCAAAGGUGAAGUCAACCAAGAUCCCCCCGACCUUCAGCCUCCACAGGUACGCCUCUGCGAUUGGAGACCCCAUCGGGGGGGGACAAGACUUGGCGGGGGCGGUAAUGAACGAUGCGUCUGAGCACAAGCGGACCCAGAGCGUGCUGAGGAUAGGCAGGAGCUUCUCCGUGAAGAUGUCGUCGCAAGCGAAAUCGGUGCACGAGGACGAGAUGAACCGCAGCUCGUCGCAAGGAUCGCGAAGCCUGGCAAGCUCUCGACACGGCGACGUUGAAGGAGGGUUCCGGGGAAGUUUCGGCGCGGCGAGCGCCUUUGGGGGGGAGUUCAAGACGGAGGAGACGGCGGCGGAGUCCGAGAGGUCUUCGAUUACGGGAGCCGGUGCCGGUGCCGGCGGCGGCGGCGGGGCGGCGGGGGGCCCGAGCAUGAUGGCGAGAGCGUCGAGCGCCCCGCCGGCGCUGCGGUACAGCGGCGGGAACGCGGGCGGCGGCGGCGGCGGCGGCGGCGGCGGCGGCAGCGCGGGGGUGGUGGCGAUGCCGACGGUCGGGGAGGUGGUCGACGUGCCGGACAGGGAGGAGGAGGAGGAGGCGAGCAGCUCGGUCGGGUCUUCUUCUGGUCCGUCUUCUCCGGUGGUGGAAGUCACGUCGAAGGCGAGUGAUGGCAAAGCCGCAGAAGGCACGGCGAAGAAAGAGGGCGGCACGGCCGCGGCAGCGGCAGCGGUAGUGGCAGCGGUGGAAGCGGAAGAAACUCCGCAGGAAGGAGGGGCGGAUCCGACGGCGGUAGAAAACCUAGGCGCCACGACCACCGGUGGUGUGGAGGGUGGUAGUGGCGGCGGCGGCGGCGGCGGCGGCGGCGGUGUCGAGGAGACACCGGUGGCCUCGGAGCCCGCCUCGGGGAGCGCGGAGGAGGGAAAGACGGCGGUCGUUGCUCCUGCGGGGCAAGACGAGGGGAAAGCAGCCGAAGAGGCCGCCGAGAGAGAAGCUAACGUGGCUCGGGGCGCGGCGGCGACGGUGGCGGCCAGGGUGGCGGCCAAAGCGGCGAGGGCUGGGGAGGAGAAGACGCCGAUUGACGAGGAGGGGGAGGACGGUGGUGCCGCCGCCGCCGCCGCGGAUGGCAUCCUUGAGGCCGCGGUGCAGACGGACAGCCAGCCGCGACGGAUGGGCCCACGGGCAAUGCCGUCCAUCAGCGUCAUUCAGCGAUUCGAGACCUGGGAGAGCUACGACGCAGUUUUCUGCAACUAUUUCAGCUUUGGGGUGGACGCUAUCGCAGCUUCGGCGUUCCACGAGCACAGACAAGCGUACCCGCAGCUCUUCACCAGCAGGUUUCGGAAUCAGGUCUGGUACGCGAGGAAAGGCUUCCCGGCAGCGGGGGGCAUCCCGUGCGGUUCUCAGCCCCCGCCCCCGCCGGUGUCCAAGUACCUCGAGCUCCGAGUGAAGAGCACACCGAGCAGCGACUGGGAGACCUUGGAGCUGGACAACACUCUCAGGGGAGUGGUCGUGCUUAACCUGCAGAGCUACGGAGGAGGACGCAAUCUGUGGGGCACUGCGCAGCCCGGGUGCUCGCAGAAGCAAUUCGCCAAGGCCGCUCCGGAUGACGGGCUGCUGGAGAUCGUGGGAAUCACGAACAUCUUCAAGCUCGGGUGCAUCAUGGGCUGCAACAAGGCGGGCGCGAGGGCUCACCGGCUAGCUCAGUACCCAACAGAUGGGGGUGUAGCUCAGGGGUAG